AUGCCAUGCUAUUUUGCCAUUAUUGGCGCACUAGACAAUCCCAUAUAUGAAGCAGAAUUCACCAGUCCUCAAUUCAACCAGUUUCCUCCGGAACUCAAAGAGCUCAAUCCAUUUAUACUCCAUGCCUCGCUGGACAUUUUAGAGGACCUACAAUGGCAAACGCAUCCUCAAUCUGGGGCUGGAACAGAAACAAGUGGCGGGUUUCUGCGAUCUAGACACUCGUCCAGUAAUAGCAAUUGCUACUUGGGCAAAAUAGACCAUUUCUAUGGCCUUGCAAUAACAGGUUAUCUGUCGUACGGAAACAUGAAGUUCGUCAUGGUUCACAGCAGCAACUCGAGUAACGGAACGCCCGUGCCAAUCGACGACGUUGCAGUGAAAAGCUUUUACCAAGAAGUGCACGAACUGUACGUCAAAACUUUGAUGAACCCGUUUUACAAGCUCAAUGAACCCAUCACAAGCCCGGUCUUCGACAAAAGAGUGCGAUUGCUGGCCAAAAAAUACCUAGCAAAGUGA